AUGUCUGAAUGGAUGGUCACCACCUCCAGCGCCGUCGUGCUGGACGAGUCUAUUCUCCAGCUGUGGCUCCUGGGACACAAUGUGGACCAAGCUACCAUAUUACGCAUGCCCGCCAUUCAACCGCCCGUGCCCUCGCGUGUCCUCAAAAGCUACAUCACGUCGCAGUACAGAACUUAUGAAAUGAUGCACCACUAUCUCCAUCACCCCAGGCACUUUGCUGGCCAAUUCAUGUUUCCUCUCUCCCAGAGUGCCAAACAGCAUCUCAUCGAGAGGUACUACAGCUUUGACGAGGCAGUGAUCAGAGAGAUCCUGGGCAAGAAGCUCAGCUCUAGAACCAGAAAAGAUUUAGACGAAGUGCAUGAAAAAACAGGAAUCAAGCUAACAAGUUGUCGUCGUCAGUUUGACAACUUGAAACGAGUUAUGAAGAAGGUGGAAGAUGCAGAAGGCAGGACGCUGAUUCAGGAUAUUGAGCACCAGUUCUUGUUACCACACCAUCUUGCCAGACAAUACGCGCACAUCCUGUUCAUAGCGGACAACAAACUGGAUACCUUCCGGAAACGACUGUCGUGCUACCAAUUCACUGAUUUCGAGUACUGUGGCGCUGUCUUUAUGCAAUACUGGACUGCUUCGACCAUGGACACACUUCCUGAAUUUGAUCCGCACCUCGCACAGGAUGUCCGUGACCUAAAAUCGUUGAUCCUUAACGACCGUGGAGUUCUUGACGAGUUUCGGAAUCGUGUCUCCAACAACCUCGCGCAAUCGGCCCACCCUCCAGUCCUCGAACGGAUACAGAGCAAUUUCAAGGUGGUGCUUCGUAAUAUGUUAACGGUCGGUUGUAUGAUCAAUCAACAGAAGGACGUCCGCAACAUCUUUGUCGAGAUUACGGACAAGUUGGUCGAUGCCUUCUUGCAGGUCGGCUGGUCCCCCGUCGACAUGGAGCUGUUCUACAAUGGUCUGAUAGCAGAAUUCCACAACACCACCAGUCUGACGAGUCGAUACCGCGAGCGGUACGGGACCAGUUGGAUACGACUUGUCACAGGGAUAAAGCUUGCAUCUAUACGACUUUACAGGCAGCCCACGACCCAAUCUCUCCUCACCCGCAGCUUUACCCGAUAG